AUGCUUUCAAGGGCCAAGCCUGCUGUAGGCGGGGACCUACCGCACAAUGACAAGAGAAAGAAGAAAGGUAGGAAGAUUCCAAAACUAGAGGAGCUACUUUCACAAAGAGAUUUCACUGGAGCUAUUACCCUAUUGGAGUUCAAACGGCAUGUUGGGGAACAAGAAGAGGACACUAAUUUGUGGAUUGGAUACUGUGCUUUUCACCUGGGUGACUACAAGAGAGCUUUGGAGGAAUAUGAAAGUGCAACAAAAGAGGAAAACUGCAAUCCUGAAGUCUGGGUGAACCUAGCCUGUACCUACUUUUUUCUUGGAAUGUAUAAACAAGCUGAAGCAGCUGGAUUUAAAGCUCCAAAAAGCCGACUUCAAAAUCGCCUCCUCUUCCACUUGGCUCAUAAGUUUAAUGAUGAGAAGAAGUUGAUGAACUUUCAUCAGAAUCUUCAGGAUAUCACAGAAGAUCAACUCAGUUUGGCCUCAAUCCACUAUAUGCGAUCUCACUACCAAGAAGCUAUUGAUAUUUAUAAGCGAAUACUGCUAGAUAACAGGGAAUACCUUGCCCUCAAUGUGUAUGUGGCCCUGUGUUACUACAAGCUGGAUUACUAUGAUGUGUCUCAGGAAGUUCUGGCAGUUUACCUUCAGCAAAUCCCUGAAAGCACCAUCGCACUCAAUCUUAAGGCCUGUAAUCAUUUUCGCCUUUACAACGGCAAAGCAGCUGAGGCAGAACUCAAAAGCUUGAUGGACAACGCUUCUUCUUCCUUUGAAUUUGCUAAAGAACUCAUCAGGCACAAUCUGGUUGUUUUCCGAGGAGGAGAAGGGGCUUUGCAGGUUUUGCCUCCCCUGGUUGAUGUCAUUCCUGAAGCUCGGUUAAACUUAGUGAUUUACUACCUUCGUCAAGAUGAUGUUCAAGAAGCUUAUAACUUAAUUAAGGAUCUGGAACCUACUACUCCUCAGGAGUAUAUCCUCAAAGGAGUGGUCAAUGCAGCUCUUGGCCAGGAAAUGGGUUCGAGGGACCAUAUGAAAAUUGCCCAGCAGUUCUUCCAGCUGGUGGGAGGGUCAGCGAGUGAGUGUGAUACAAUACCCGGGAGGCAGUGCAUGGCUUCCUGUUUCUUUCUGCUUAAGCAAUUUGAUGAUGUCUUGAUUUACCUCAACUCAUUUAAGAGUUACUUCUACAAUGAUGAUAUCUUUAACUUUAAUUAUGCCCAAGCCAAAGCUGCAACAGGCAAUACCAGCGAGGGUGAAGAGGUUUUCCUUUUAAUCCAAAGUGAGAAGAUGAAAAAUGACUACAUUUACCUCAGUUGGUUAGCUCGGUGCUAUAUAAUGAAUAAGAAACCAAGACUAGCCUGGGAACUGUAUCUCAAGAUGGAAACUUCUGGCGAGUCCUUUAGCCUCUUACAGCUCAUUGCUAAUGACUGCUACAAGAUGGGCCAGUUCUACUAUUCAGCCAAAGCUUUUGAUGUCUUAGAGAGGCUGGAUCCUAACCCUGAAUAUUGGGAAGGCAAGAGGGGAGCCUGUGUGGGCAUUUUCCAGAUGAUUUUAGCUGGACGAGAACCCAAAGAGACCCUUCGAGAAGUGCUCCAUUUACUGAGAAGCACAGGGAACACCCAAGUGGAGUACAUCAUCCGGAUCAUGAAGAAAUGGGCCAAAGAAAACAGAGUGCCUAUCUAA